AUGGGUUCAGAAGCGGGACAUCGCUUGUACGUAAAGGGACGGCAUCUGAGUUAUCAACGAGGGAAGCGAAAUACAAACCCAGGGACUAGCUUGGUCAAGAUCGAGGGCGUUGAUGACCCAAAAGCUGCUACGUUCUACCUGGGCAAGAAAGUAGCCUUCGUCUACCGCGCACAUCGGGAAAUUAGGGGUACAAAGAUCAGAGUCAUUUGGGGCAAAGUUACACGUUCACAUGGCAACUCUGGCGUCGUGAGGGUAAACUUCAGAAGCAAUCUCCCACCCAAAUCUUUCGGCGCCUCGGUCAGAGUGAUGCUGUAUCCGUCAUCGAUUUAG